CAAGAUGGCGGCGGCGGAGGGGAGCGGGGCCGGGGGGACCCUGUUCCCAGGUCUGGCGGAUGUGUCCAUAUCCCAGGACAUUCCAGUGGAAGGGGAGAUCACUGUCCCCGUGGGAUCUCACUCUCCUGAUGAGGAUUACUCCACGUUGGACGAGCCUGUCAGGGACACAAUUAUGAGGGACCUGAAGGCCGUUGGGAAGAAGUUUGUCCAUGUGAUGUACCCCCGGAAGAGCAGCGCACUCCUCAGGGACUGGGAUCUGUGGGGCCCAUUGGUGCUGUGUGUCUCCCUGGCUCUGAUGCUGCAGGGUGGUUCUGCAGACAGCAAGGACGAUGGAGGGCCCCAGUUUGCCGAGGUCUUUGUCAUCAUCUGGUUUGGUGCCGUGGUCAUCACCCUCAACUCGAAGCUCCUCGGAGGGACCAUCUCCUUCUUCCAGAGCCUGUGUGUGCUGGGGUACUGUGUGCUGCCGCUCACCGUGGCCAUGCUGGUGUGCAGGCUGGUGCUGCUGGCGGGCGCUGGCACCAUCAGCUUCAUCAUCCGCCUCAUCGUGGUCGUGGCCAUGUUCGGGUGGUCCACCCUGGCCUCCACGGCGUUCCUGGCCGACAGCCAGCCCCCCAACCGCAAGGCGCUCGUCGUCUACCCCAUCUUCCUCUUCUACUUCGUCAUCAGCUGGAUGAUCCUCACCUUCACCCCUCAGUGAGCCCCAUCCCAAGGGAAUGGGACACGGACUGGAGUUUUUCAUGGACGCUGCAGUGAAUCCUUGGCUUUAUCUCUUUCUAAUUUAUAUAUAGGGAUACUGUAAAAAGGCAGGUUGUGGGAUAAAGCCAGAGAGCUGCAAAAAGUGCUCGUUUGUGUGUCCCUCUUUGUGAAAGAUACCGAGGUCCAGCUACUGAGGGGUUUAUUUAGCCCUGCUCUGUACUGGUGUUAAAUAAACAGUGCCCACUGGGACUGAGGACAGAGCAGGAGAUCCUGGAAUUCCAAGCUGUUGGGAGAUGAAGUUACAGGACCACACUACUUGGCAGAGUUCGUGCCUGUGCUUGGAUUCUCACUGAAGAUGAAGAUGCCUUAUCAAACUGUAGAACUUCACUGCUGUGAUGUGUGGAGAGGGAAAAGACGUGUCUGACUCCUUUCAUUCCCUUUGGAGUGGUGGGAUGUGCGCGUGGGGCAUCGUGGGACUGGGGGCUUUCCUGGGAAGCAGUUCAGCAAAACCCAGUUGAGUCUCUUGGCAGUGAAUUGGAGCUGGUGGCAGGGAGUUGCCUUUGCCCAUAUCUGUGUGCUGUGUGUGUUCAUCCCUUCAUGUGCAGGGGAGAGGGUUCCAGCCUGAUGCCUUCAGCACUGUGUCACCCUGGCCCUGUGUCUGUGAGGGGUGUGGGCUCAGAGAGGUGUGGCCCUGUGACCACAGGGGACAGCUUGGAGUCCUGCAGAAACACUCAGAACUGGUUUGGAACUGGUUUAUAGCUCUCACUCUCUGUUUGGGAAGGGAGAAUUCCCUGGAGAGCACCAAGAGUGUGUAUAUAUGAUAGAAACAAGGGGUUCUGUGCAGUAAAUUGAGGUUUUGCUGCACGGGCUGUUUGGUGCUGACAAACCACACCAGGGCUUGGGCCCCAAAGUUUUAGAACAGGUUGAAGGAAGGAGAGUAAAUGGUGCUGAAGGUGGAGGCUGCUGUGGAGCAGGACAUGGAUUCUGCUCUCGCCUGCCUGUGUGUGACUGCUCCUUUGGUUGUUACAGGGACAGCAACAGAAAUGUGAGCAAAUGUGCAUUUUGUUCCCUUGUACUUGCCCUGAGAUGUUGGACACUGUUUUGUGGGGCUUUUGUUUUGCUUAACACUUUUGUAAGAGGGAGGGGGUUUCUUUUUCCAGUCCCUGCAGGUGCUUUUUGUACCUCACCUGGAGAACCACAGGUGGGCAUGGUUGGGUGUAUUUUGGCACAGGGAUGAGAGCUGGGAUCUGCUUUUGGAAACUGCUGAAAUGGUUCCUGUUGUCCAUUGUUCUCAGUCAGCAAUCCAGAGGAGAGCUUCAAAACAUCUGGGGUGAAAAAGCUGCUGUAAAAUGUCCUUUUUCCUGCAGUUGUGCAGAUAGACUGAACCUGAGGUCUGUGGGUCCUGCUGAGGUGUGAAUGUUCCUAAUUUAUAGUUCUGUGUACAAUAGCAGUCUGUGCUGUAAACACUGCUAGUGCUGGGGGUUGGGAUGGAAAUUGCUAAGUUGCAGAUUAAAAGUGCAUUUUUGCCUUUGGGGAUAAGGAACUGCUGUGUGUGACAGGGCCUCACUGUGGCACCAAGGGGCUGGAGAGGAGCUAUAGGGGUUCAUCGACAUGGGGGCCAUGGAAAUGGGGAAUUUUUAAGCUUCCAUUAAAUUAUUACUGGUAUGGAAUGUGGUUUUCCUUCUAAGUGUGCAAUUUUUUGUUAAUUUAAAAGUUAGUUCAGCUUUAUGAAGCUGAAAAGAAAUACUCAAGGGAAGUGGAUAGUAAAGCUGUUGAUGGCUACAGUGGGGUUCCUUUACAAGAACUCAACCACACUUGCAGAGAAAUCCUUGGGUUCUGUCUCUGUAGUGUCUUGUGACUUGAGCUGCUGUUCUAGCUGAAGGAUAAUUGGAGUAACAUUUAACUGAUCCAGAAAUAUUUUGAAAGGAAGGAAAAUGAUUUUUCAGGGGAGUUAAAAUCCCAACCUUUUCCUUGUUUUUGGCUUGGAUCUGAGUCUCACAGUGAUUUGUUCUAUAUCAACACUCUUGGCUUAUACAAGAGAAUAAAAUUGUUCUUACAUUAACUUGCUUUACUUUUCAGCUGGUCACUGAGUUUUUCAGUCAAGAACUGUUUUUAAUCUGCAAGAACAGGCAGACGUGACCUGGUUAUAGGGGAAGGAGUGAUUUUGGUUUGGUUUUUGGCUCAUGGCAAUCCCCCUUUGGCAUGGCAGCCAUCGCCUCCUAAAGCUGCGACAUCUCCAGGAGGGUCUGUGUCACUGGAGGUGUGACCUCUGUGGGUUUGAGCUGGCAGCAGCUGGGAAGGAAACCAGACUUUCUGGGUUUUCGUGGCUCCAGUUGAUGUUAUAAUUGGUUCCAGUUAGUUCUGGAAGAGCCAUGGAGUAGCCUGGCCUUUCCACUCGGGUAUCAUGAUUAUUGGAGCCCUUUUUGUGAGUGGAGUAUAAUGGCACAGAGAGACGGAGUGGGGAGCACCAGUGGGAAUGACUGGAGAGGAACUGUCUUAGGUGAUGUCAGGAAAUGAAGAAGCCCAAACUGGGAUUUGUUCCUCAGCCACCCGUGGAUGUCCUGCAGAGCCCCCACUGUGACAGAACCACCUUGUCCCUUGGUGGGUGAGCGAUGCCAAAGCCAAUGGAACUCGGGCACGUUAAAUACAACCAAAACAUUUCAGUUCAGGCAAGUGAAAUGCCUGGAUAUUUGCAGAUGCCUGCAGUUAAUGCUGGUAGUGCUUUAAACUACUGGUGUUACCUCGGGGUGCUGAGUGCCCCCUGAAUGUCCCUUGUCCUGUCCAGGUGUCCAGCCAUCCCUCCCCGAGGGCUGUGCAGGUGAGUGAUCCCUGGGACCACAACAGAGGUUUAGCUUGUGCUGGAAAUGUCUGUGGUAACAACUGCUGUACUUUCCAGGGGGAAAGAAAAGCAGGGGGAAGCAGCUGUGUUGCCUUUAAUGAAGUGUUUGAACUGUUCUGCAGAGAAGCAGCUGAUUCUUUGAUGCACAAACCAGGCUUGCUUUCCUACUAGGAUUUUUCUAAUACUGUUUAUCAGCAGAAGUUGUUGUAUGUAUUUAAUUUUGAUCUAUGUAAUACCAAUAAAAAGAAAAUUUGUUUUUAA